AUGGUCAUGUCCAGUCUUAAGUCUGUAUCAUACAAGCUGAUCAUCAAUGGUGGCAUUCGAGGAACGGUUAUACCAUCGAGGGGUAUACGACAGGGUGACCCGAUAUCUCCAGAAUUAUUCAUUUUAUACUCUCAGGCCCUUAGCAGUAUUAUAUCAACCUUGGAAAGCAGUGGCCUUCUAAGAGGCAUUCAGGUUCAAAAUCGCACAAAGCAGAUUUCUCAUCUAUUAUUUGCCGACGAUUGUUUAUUGUUUUCUGAAAUGAAGCUCCAAGAGGUGUGCCAAUUGAAGCUUUGCUUGGAGACUUAUUGUAAGGCUAGUGGGCAAGCGGUGAAUUUAAGCAAGUCCUCCCUCUCCUUUAGCCCCAACACACCACUCCAUUUUCGACGGUGGUUUUCCCGCAUCCUCAAAAUUUCUUAUGGUAAGAGCCCAUCCAAAUAUCUUGGCCUACCUACGGAAUUUGGAUUGUCAAAAUCUUCUCUAUUUAAGGAUAUUUCUGAGAAAACAGGGAAGCGGCUAAGUGGUUGGAAGCAAACAACUCCUUUCUUAUGCUGGGAAUUCUUGCAAGAAAAAAUGGGUUCUAACUCAUCUUGGGCAUGGCGGAGUAUACUGGAAGGACGGAAAGUGCUUGAGUUAGGUCUUAUAUGGCAUAUUGGCAAUGGUGAACAGGUGUCAGAUUUAAUAGAUGAGAAUAAUAGACGGUGGAAGCAUGAUCUCUUGGACCUUUAUUUCCAUCCCUUGGAUAAAGAGGCCAUUCUUCAAAUUCAAUUGGGACUUUUUUCAUCUAAUGACUAUCAAUUAUGGGGAGUUUCAAAGAACAGUAUCUACUCGGUCAAGAGCCCCUACCAUCUCUUGAGUAACCAAUGGGUGGAAAAGGAGGAGAGAAAUUCCUCAUCUACAACCUUACCACAGUGGAAGGAGAUAUUUUCUUUAGUUUGGAAAUCUAUUUGGAGUUAUUCCUCUUUGCCAAAAAUUAAACACUUCCUAUGGAGGGCUUGUGGUGAUGGUAUUGCUUCUGGUGUAACCCUUCAUCAAUGGCGAGUUCCAAUUGAUAGGCAGUGUUUACGUUGUGGAGUGGCUGAGGAAACAAAUGAACACAUUCUUUUGUAUUGCCCCUUUGCAUGGGCUGUGUGGUUUGGCAGUAUUUAUCCUCAACGUGUCCCUGAAAAUGUGCGGUUAUCUGGGUGGAUAUCGAGAUGGUCUUCUCUUUUUUCUAUGGGGAAGUCAGCUGCUAAGGAGGCUAUGUCCCUAGCUUCAUUUAUAUGUUGGCAUCUAUGGUGUUCUCGGAAUGCUCUAUUGUUUUCAUCUAAGGCUGAUUCUCCUAAUGAUGUGAUCUUAUCAGCACAUCGUGCAUGCACUGAUUUUCUCAUGGCUUCCAUGCCUCCUCCAAGGUCGUCGGAUUCUCCGUUGCCUUCAUCAACCUCCAUGGUCUCAACUUGGACGCCCCCUCCUCUUGAUAGUUUCAAGCUCAACUGUGAUGCCUCUUGGAACCCAAACAAAAAUCAAAGCGGUUUGGGUUUUCUAAUCCGAAAUCAUCUUGGUGAGUCUCAGGUGGCUGUAUCAACCCCUUAUAUGUUCAACAAUAUUUGGUUGGAGAGGAAAUGGCUAGUAGAGAUGGAUUACUUGAGGCUCUUUCAGAAGGAACCUAUAUGCUAG